UUUUAAUUGCUUUUCCUUGGUGAGAAUGGCAAGGAUUCGGAUUCCUAGCACAAUCGUUAUACUUUUUGUUACGGUUCAGACUGGAUUCUUACUCUUCAUGUAUGCCCGGUACAGUAAUUUCAUGCCUCAGUCUGAGGAGAAACCAUCUCAAGUCCACAUCCUCAUUCUCUCCUCCUGGCGGUCAGGAUCGUCUUUUGUUGGUCAACUUUUCAGCCAGCACCCCAGCGUCUUCUACCUGAUGGAGCCUGCAUGGCACGUGUGGGUUACGAUGUACCAGAACAGUGCCAGGGUCUUGCACAUGGCCGUGCGGGACCUGGUCAGGUCGGUCUUUCUGUGCGACAUGUCUGUGUUUGAUGCUUACAUGCCUUGGAAAAGAAACUUAUCCGAUCUUUUCCAGUGGGCAGUGAGUCGGGCUCUGUGUUCAGUUCCUGCUUGUGACUCCUUUCAACGUACUGACAUAACCAGUGAAAUGGCGUGCAAGACUCUUUGUGGACGGUACCCAUUCAGCAAAGUGGAGGAAGCCUGUAAAACUUAUAGCCAUGUUGUCAUCAAGGAGGUUCGAUUCUUUGACUUGAAGGUCCUCUACCCCCUUCUCACUGAUCCAUCCCUGAAUCUCAAAAUUAUUCACUUGGUCCGUGACCCCAGGGCAGUCGUCAAGUCACGGGAACAAUCAGUCAAAGCAUUAGCCCGUGACAAUGGAAUUGUUUUGAGUACCAAUGGCACUAAAGUGGAAGAUAGCAAAUACAAAGUAAUGCAAGAGAUUUGUAGAAGUCAUGUUCAGAUUUAUGAAACGGCUACUUUAAAACCACCUAAUUUCCUUAAAGAUCGCUAUUUAAUGAUCCGUUUUGAAGAUCUGGUAAGAGAUCCAUUAUCAGAAAUCUCAGAAAUGUAUAAAUUUGCAGAUCUUAGUUUAACCCCCAUGCUCAAAAGCUGGAUCUAUAAUAUCACACAUGGACAGGGACCAGGAGAAAAAAAAGAAGCCUUCAAAAUCACAUCUCGAGAUGCGGUUAGCGUUUCACAGGCCUGGAGAAAUGUUCUUUCCUUCCAGAAAAUUAAGAAAAUACAGGAAGUUUGCAAAGGUGCUAUAAACAUGCUUGGCUAUCAGCUGGUGGAUUCAGAAAAAGAACAAAGAGAUCUGUCACUGGAUUUAGUGUUGCCAAGGCGACAAAAUCAAUUCAGUUGGUCAUCAUUUAACCCAAAGCACUGAGACAUUAUUUUUGAGAGAUCUUGGAGUGGGGUAGAUG